GGAUACGCAUCCGAUGUUUGCUAAACAGAUAGAUGGCUGCCCAGAGAAGUUAUUUGCGCCUAAAAUCCUCACAAAGCCAACAAAGAGAUCAUGGCGGCGGUGUUGCAGAGGCUCACAAAAUGAGUCAGUCUCUGCAAGGCUCGCUGGCUCGCAACACAGCUGAGACAUAGAUUUUAAAUGACCAUGGAGGCUGGUGCAGACACACAGCAAAGUGGUGAAACAGCUGUCUCAGAGUCUGAGGCUCAGCAGAUCACCCUGGCCCAGGCGUCCAUAGCUGCAGGCCAGGUGUCGUCCAGUAGCCCCACAGUCACCUUAGUGCAGUUACCCAACGGUCAGACAGUCCAAGUGCACGGGGUGAUCCAAGCUGCACAGCCCUCUGUCAUCCAGUCCCCUCAGGUCCAGACAGUACAGAUUUCGACUGUUGCUGAGAGUGAGGACUCUCAAGAGUCUGUUGACAGCGUGACGGAUUCUCAGAAGAGGAGAGAGAUCCUGUCCAGACGACCGUCUUACAGGAAGAUUCUGAAUGACUUGUCAUCAGAUGCUCCGGCAGUGCCUCGAAUUGAAGAGGAGAAGUCAGAGGAUGACUCAGCCCCUGCCAUCACCACAGUCACUAUGCCCACUCCAAUCUAUCAGACCAGCAGUGGCCAGUACAUUGCCAUUACCCAGGGUGGGGCCAUCCAGCUGGCCAAUAAUGGCACAGAUGGAGUGCAGGGUCUGCAGACACUGACCAUGGCCAACACUGCUGCAGCCCAGCCUGGUGCCACCAUCCUGCAGUACGCUCAGACCAGCGACGGGCAGCAAAUCCUAGUGCCCAGCAACCAAGUGGUUGUACAAGCCGCCUCGGGUGAUGUCCAGGCCUAUCAGAUCCGCACAGCCCCCACCAGCACCAUCACUCCUGGGGUGGUCAUGGCGACUUCGCCCGCACUGGGCACAGCAGGAGCCACAGAGGAGGUCACACGUAAAAGAGAGGUUCGACUUAUGAAAAACAGAGAGGCAGCCCGGGAAUGUCGCCGAAAGAAGAAGGAGUACGUCAAGUGUCUGGAGAACCGCGUGGCUGUGCUGGAGAACCAGAACAAAACCCUCAUUGAGGAACUCAAAGCCCUCAAAGACUUGUACUGCCACAAAUCCGAGUAGAAACGUCACCACACACCUGCCAGGGGCUCGACAGGUGCCCGUCUGUCCCCAUGUACAGAGACUCAGCACAGAGCCAUGCAUCUGGAUGCUAAUCCCCCUUUUCUACUCUUUUGCUUUCUUUUUAAAGACUGCUGAAAAUCUGUAAAGUGACUCACCAGGAAUAGAAUAAAAAAACGCACCAUCCCACUUCAUCGAUUUUUAAAUCCUAAUUCUGUUCCCAACAAUUUCCCACAAAUGGGUGAGGCAAUGUAAAGAACGGAUGUGGUGGAGAGUACAACUAUGCAGGGUCCUUGUGGUGAAGUGGAAGAACAGACAAUGAGGCUGUUUUUUGUUUUGCGCCACCAAAGGGAAGCAUUCCAGUCACUGGUGCCUGGACGAACUGGGCAACAUCACCAGCAACAGGGAACUGCUCGAUUACCAUCACCACUAAUGACGGAACUUUUUGCAGUUUAAUCUCCCCGAGACACUUGGAUCAUCUUGAGAGGUUACCCUUGUGUGCAACGUUUGUUAUCGUAACUGAGCUCUGGCAUUAACAUCUGUUACUUACUAAUGCUUUGAACUGUAGAUGGGCUGUCAUGGAUAUUUUAUCUUUGAGCUGUGUUUUGGUUUAUGGAUUAGAUUAUAUGCUCUGAUAAUGCCAUUGAUUUUUUUUUUUUUUUUUUUGUUAACUUUUGUUUACCUUGCCUUCACACAACAUGAACAAAAAAGCUAACCAUUAAGCCAGGUUGUAAAAUUGUGUUCAUGUUAAUUGCAGCUUUAAAAAAUACAUGGUGAAGAGAGUGUAGGACUCGGACGGCAGUGAAUUUGGAAACCAUGGGAGUCAAAGUACUGAACACACCCUGUAUUUUUUAGCUUUUUUUAGCUAUAAAGACACAGCAAUCAAGACAGGAAGAAAAAAGAUCCCACAAGUAGAACAUUUAUGAUUACCAUUCUCUUCAAAUAUUAUGGUGUCUGUGAUGCAUUUUCCCAAUCAGAUUACUGAGGUUCAUUGAUUUUUAGAUUUUUAUCUAUCUUCACAAAAACUUCCUUAGAGUUCUAAGGAGCAGCAAAUUAGUUUAAACAGAUUUACGGCGGGAGUUUGAUCCCCAUCGUCUGCAGUUAAAAAGGCCCUGUUAUGGAAUAAUGUGCCUCCAGUAAUUGAAUGGGAAUGGGAAUGAGCUGUUGCUUGUGCACCAGAGUAUAUAAUGUAAACAAAAAAAAAAAAGGUUAACCUACAGUGUUAGGGCUAAAAGUUGUUUUGUUUUUUUCUUCGCCCUUAUUUCUAUGUCAAUCCACUUUUUUAAAUGUGCUUCAUUGAUUCCUAGAUUUGGAACAAAACCAAAAAAAAAAAGCCUUAUGUGUUAUGCAAUGGAAGAAAUCCUUUGUCUGCAUAUUUAUAAACAAAUUUUGGAGACACGUGGCCCUUUACUGGAAUCAUGGAUAUCCUGGUAUGUUUGUGUAUAUUUAUGUAUAUUACCGUCUUCGCACGUGUAAUAUCCCCACCUUGUAGAAAAAAACUAUUCCUGCAGUGGGACGUCGCUAAAUUGCUAAUAAGAAAUCUGAGAUACCAAGGGCUUCUGUAUGCAGUGGCACCCAUGGCUGUUAAGGCAUCAGCAGAGGUUGUCUCCAAAUUCUGUUUACAGGAUUACAAAGUGGCAUGCGCACUUUCCUUGCAUAUACAAUCCUACUACAUUUCACAUGAUUUAACAGGAAAAUCUCAUGCAGCACUAAACAGGCAAAGCCUGCCGCUGCAAGCUGAGAUGCCUCGAAGAUUUUACUUGAAAGUAACACCGCUAACCGGUAAUUAAUCACAAAGUGUCCGUGAGUGUUUGGUUGCUUAUUCAUUAUCAGGGCAUCACCACACACUGAUCAUGAUCAGACGUCAUUAGUUGUACGGAGCAUCCAAUCUCACCAAGUACGACCCGAUUGCACUUAUCAAAAAACCCUGCAAAAGGAUGGCUAA